AUGUGCCGCUCCGGCGUCGCCUGCGGGCUGGUCGACGUGUCGACGGCGGUCCUCCUCGCGGCCGGGCCGGGCGUGAGGCUUCUCGGCGCGCCGAGGCUGGUGGCCCUGUCGGCCGGGUGCGCGGCCCCGGCGCAGCACUUCCUCCUGCAUGCCAUCCACCAGCCGGUGGCCAGCCUGGAUGUGCUGUUCGCGCCGGCCGGCGGGCCGGUGGCCCGGGCGCUGGCCGGCUGGCAGCCCGCCGACCCGGACGGGCCAUUUUACGUGAAGCACCGCGAGCGGGUGCUGGCGCUCCGCAUCUGCCCCCGGCCGACCGUGCCGGGGAUCGGCCUACGCGCCGGGCCGAAGCUGGCCCUGUCGCUGGACCCGGAUCCCACGGGGCGGCCCGUGUCGCUGGAGCUGUGCGAGGCGCCGCCGGCGGUGGCGGUCGCCUGGCUGGAGACCGAUGUGAAGCUCGACGAGGUGGACCGCGCGCGCAUGCACGGCGAGCUGCUCGGCGCCCCGCUCGGGGCCGGCGAUAUGAUCCGCCUCGUCUCGCCGGAGCUCCUGGCGCGCGUGGUCCGCCUGCAGGGGUGGGACUUCGACGCGCUGCCCAUGGGCAGGCUGGCCCCCCUGUCGGACCAGACGCUGUGCUACGUGCAAACGGCGCACGGCCCCCCGACGCACGCGCAGCAGCUGGUGCUCCUGCCAGCCGGGCCGCAUGGCACGGACGUCCUCAUGCUGGUUCCCCUGUUGAUGGAGUGCGCGCCGGGCACGCUGCUCGUGUCGGAGGCGGCCUUCCGGCGGCUGGCCCUCGGCGCGCCCCUUGGCUCCCUCCUCUUCGCCUGUCAGGGAGGGUUCCUGGCUGUGCGGCCGAGCGACGAGGUCGGCCGCUUCGACGUCGGCAUCCACCCGCAGGACGCCGAGCAGCUGGGCCUGCCGAGCGCCGCGCCGCUGGUGCUGGAGCGGGCGCCGCGCAUCCCGCCGGCGAGCAGCGCCACGGUGGCCUUCUGGCCGGCGGAGGGCGUACAAACGCUGGCCUGGGCCGCGGCCGGCGAGGGCACGGCCGGGUUCGGCAUGCUGGCCGAGGGGACGCUGCUGCAUGUGGCCGGUACGGGCUGCGAGGGCGGCCGCCCGGUCGAGGACGAGGGCCGAAGGUGGCUGGGGGUCGAGCUGCCGGCCGAGACCGAGACCGAUACCGAGACCGGGACCGAGAUUGUGAUCGAAGCCAAGACCAAGACUGAGAUCGAGCCCCCCCUGUGCCUGGAGGUGGUGACCAGUCCGCUGGAGGGCUUCCCCGAGGGCCGGGCCGCCGUGAGCCAGGCCCUGUACCAGACGCUGCGCGCCCGCCUCCCCGACAGCAUGGACCUCUUUUUGCAAUCUCACGACCAGCCGCUGGUGCUAUUCCCCGACCCGAACCCGCGGUCCAGCCUGUCGGAUGGGCAGCUGAUCGUCGGCCGGGGGGACGUCGGCCGGAUCUUCGGCCACCGGCGGGUCCUCUGGGCCGGGGCCCGGGCCUCGCCCACGCAUGUGUUCCAGGUGGACCUGCACCUGGCCCUCGCCGGGGGGCCGCCGGUGAGCUGCGUCGUGCAGUCGCUGGCCCUCGGGGCGUUCCUCCAGCUGCUGGAUCAGUCGGUGAUCUUCCUGGGCCAGGUGUGCCACUUCCCGGCCGGGGGCACGAUCCUGCGCGGUCGAGUGGCGCGGCUGCUGGACACGGGCCUGCGCCCGGUGCGCGCCGGGUACCUGGACAAUGGGCAUGCCCCGGUGUUUGUGCACAUGAGUGUCCCGGGCCGGGGGUUCCGCGUGGUGGGCCAGCCGGAGUCGGUGCUGCUGCCGGUGCCGCGGCUGGCGGAGCCCAUCCGCCUGCCGGUGACCACCCGCCAGUUCGCGGUGUACAUCGAGGCGGAGUCGGCCCAGGUGCCGGAGGCCACCUUCCUGGCGCUGCAGCGGCACUUCCUGGUGGCCGGGCCGGCGAUCUUCAUCAACCAGGACUACCGACUGGUGCCGAAGCUCAAGUAUGGCCUGGACCUGGAGCCGCAUCAUGUCCUGGUGGGCGUGGGGUUGCGGCGGGACAAGCGCCGGCCGCUGGUCCUGCGGUACUGCCAGCCGCCGGACCUGCUGCUUGCCAAGUGCUGCGCCGUGCCGAAGGAGCAGCAGCAGCAGCCCCCGGCGGCGGUCGACCCGGGGGUGCUGACGCGCCUCCUGCACCGGUCCCUCCCCGAGGACCGGGCCAUCAUCAAGGGCCGGCUGUAUGACACGGAGCCGGGAUCGCCGGACUUCUUCCUCCUGCCCAACUGGCUGGGAGCCGAAGGCCACGCGUCGGUGGCGAUUGGCACCCUGGUGCCGGGGCUGACGCGGCUCUUUUUCGAAACGACCAACACGCGGCUGGCCCCGAAGCCGCCGCCGGCCCUGGCCGUGCACUGCGGCCAGCGCCUGCUGCUGCUGGACCUGGCCCUCGUCCGGACCGGGUCUCCCCUGUACCCGGGGCUGAUGCUGCCGCGGGAGGUGUUCCAGUCGGCGGCCGAGUCGCUGGGGGGCGCGGCGCCGCCGGCGUGUCUCUUCUUCGUGUGCCACGGGCGGGCCUUCGUGGCGCGGCUGGCCGAAGUGCACGAUGUGCCCGGGGUGGCGCGGGUGUGCGAGGACCUGCACGAGCACCUCCGGCCCGGGGGGGCCCUGCUGGCGCAUGUGUCCCGGCUGCCGGAGCCCAUUGGCCUGGGCACGGUGUACCUGCGCGUGUCGCCGGCGGUCGGCCAGCAGGGGGCCGGCUCGCUGGCGGAGCCGCGCCCAAUGCAGGAGGCCCUCCUGGAGGAGGCCCUAGCCAUGGCCUUCCCCGACCGGAGCAUGGCCCUGCUGGAGCGACGGCCCUUCGGCCGGUGCAUCCUCAUGCCGGAGCUGCUGCUGGACACCGACGGCCAGGAGGUCGCCUGCGGGCUCUUCCGGCCGGGCGAGACGCGCGUGCACUUCCACUUCGCGGGGGCCGCCCGGGGGGGGCCAUGA